AUGACGCAAAUAACUAAGUUCAUAGGAAGAUUAUAUCUUUUUUUGAUAAUUGUUUAUAGCCGCUUUGCAAGCGCAAGCGCAUCAACAGUAUACAAUUACUUAACUACCACCUAUAAUGAUUAUGCUGGUGAACUAACUGUUUCUACGUCGGUUACGACAGUAGGUAACCUUUUUGAUAGAACCUCUAUCACCUACUAUUGGAUUGUUACACCAAGUGUGGGUACCACUGUGUAUUCUACUAUUGGUGCAACAAUUAACGAAAUUACAACAUCCAUAUAUCUUUCUUCUACUACAACAGUUAACUGGGGUACUACAAUAACAUAUUAUGUCAUUUACACACCUUUAGUUACUUCUUCUACAACGACUUCUUAUACUACUAGCAUUCCAGGUACCGAGAGGUCCACGACAGUUGAGGUUAAUACUACGACAGGUGUCGAUGGCAUCGGAACUACUAUAAGCACUUAUAUUGUUCAACUUCCCAGUAAUUUAUUUUACACCACAACAUACGCUACUGACUUCAAUAGGGUAGAACAGGAGACAUACGAUACUAGUUUAACAACUUAUACAGGUGAUGAUGAUGGGGAGCAAACUGUUCGAACCAUAUAUUAUGUUUCUGGUACUGUUCCUAAUGUUUCUGCUACUUAUAUUCCUUGGAUUAACACUUACACUGAAUGGUUUGGCACCUCUUAUUCUGUAGAGGGCGAAGGAACAACUGCUGUUACGUACACUAUAAUUUCUAUUUAUGUUCCUUCUGUCGGCACUGUUUCUACUGUCGAAGUUCAAGGAACUGUAUAUGGGACUGGUAAGACUACAAUCACCUGGUCAACUUCAGGUGGCGUUACUGUCGGCACAGAUUAUGUUGCUACCUUUGACGUGACAUACUAUGUGCAGCUUCCAUUUUAUGACAAAUAUUCUACUCUAACCACAGUGAGUGGUACUGAUACUGCUAGAUACACUUAUGACACCUCAUUUGUGACUGCUGUUGGAGAAGAUUUUUCUACUACUGUUACAACUGUUUAUUAUGUUGCUAUUCCAGAAAAUUUGGUCUAUUUUACUACAACAUCUCCUUGGUCAUUAAAUUAUGAUACCACACAAGUUUAUACCACAACUACAAUUGGUACUGAUGGCCAAUCAACGACUGGUACUGUGUACUUAGUAUAUACAUACAGAAGAAGUGGUAUUACAGUCACUUCUGUUUGGACAAAUACCUACACUACUUAUUACAGUACAUCCACUUCAUUUUCCACUGGAUUUUUAGGUAUUGGAACUUCAACUACUACUUAUUAUUAUAUAUACAUUCCAUUCCACGGGUAUACUACUACUACCACAAGCUUCAACACAAUCGAGGGUGCCAGUUCAACUUAUACAUUUUCCACUUCUAUUUAUUCCACAACUGACGCCUUUGGGAAUGUUACUACUACAACAAUAUAUUUUGUCUAUACUCCAAAACGUUCCUUAGUAUAUACCUCAACAACAAGGACUGCUAUCUCAGAUUCAAAGACACUUACUGUCGAUACAAGCUUAAAAACAACCACUGAUGCAGAUGGUGCAGAAACAACAAUCACUACUUACUAUAUUGCUAUACCAUCUAAUUUCUACUUUACUACAACAACUCAAGAAUGGAGUGGCUCUUAUUCUCUAACAUUUUCCCAGGGUUUAACAACGAUCAUCGACGGAGAUGGAUUUACGACAACUAAAACAAUCUAUUACGUCGAAACACCAAGGAAAUCAGGUAAGUAUAGUACUACCUAUUGGACUGGUUCAUACACUACAGUUUUUUCAACUAGUACUUCACGUUAUUUUGGUUUCAGUGGUAUUCUUUUAGGUUUCCAUACUGUGACUAAUUACUUUGUCUACACACCUAUCCGUAUUUUAGAAUACACUUCUGAUGUAAAGGCCUGGGAAUCUUCUUUUACAAGUAGUUCUAUAAGCUAUACUACCGUUAUAGGGGCAGACCGUGAGUCUACAACAGAAACUAUUUACUUUUUAUGGACACCUGUGCAAACUAUUACAACGACUAUAUAUUCACAAGGUACUUUUAGUGGUACAGCUAUCUCAACAGUAUCCACAAGAACAGUUUCUAUUGGCUAUGAUGAUUAUUAUUCGUAUCAAGUAGUUUUUUACGUGGUUAUUCCUUCAGAUGGUAAAUAUAGCACAACUUUCACAAACUGGUUAAAUACAAAGGUUUCAACUUACAGUAGCAGAACAACUACCUUUGUGGAUAUACAUGGUUCAACAACAACUGAAACAAUAUAUUACGUCUAUACUCCGACUAUUUCUCCAGUUAUUAGCUAUAUUGGAUGGACUGAAACGUAUACAAGUACAAUUUCUAGUACAACAUACAUUACCUUGGACUAUCUUUUCGAUUACUUAGCUUAUUGGACUAUGUCAGUUUAUGUAGUACAAACACCAAUUAGGCGAUACACAUCAACAGUUAACGACCAAUGGGACGGCGGAGUUUCGACCACUUAUUCAACUUACACAUACACUACGACCAAUUUUAAUGGAGAUGAAACUACAAUAACAGUAUAUUAUAUUCAUCAUCCAUACUAUCAAUCUACCAAAACGUCCUAUUUGAUUUGGGACUCCACAUUUAUUUCUACUGUGAAUUCCGACACAACUACAGUUCGUGGCUCCGAUGGUCUAUACACUACUGAAACUAUUUACGUUGUUGCUACAUCAUCUAAUGUAUUGUUAGAAACAGUUUUUACGAGUUGGCUUGGUUCCUAUAUUGAUAUCUACUCGACUACCGAAGUUCCUGUUGGUACAUUAACAAAGUCUAUUAUUUAUGUAAGGACUCCUUACGUAGCUCCAGAAAUUAUUUAUGAUGUUUGGGGUUUUGAUUACAAAAGUACAGUCUUUACAGAAACUGUAACAAGUAUUGGUUAUUCUGAAACUUUCUUUGGGCAAUGGACAUAUACUAUCUAUUAUGUCAACACUCCGGAAAGACGAAGUACUAGUACAAGCAUCACAGUUUGGAACAAUAGUUUCGAUUCUACAUAUUUUACUGUAACUACGACUACAACUGAUAAAAAUGGAGAAGAAACGACACUUGUUGUAUAUUAUGUAUUCACACAACAUAGAGGCCUUACUUCAACAAGUUAUCAAUACUGGGAUAGUCCAGAAACAUCAGUUUUCGAAACUAUUACAACUACAGUUACUAAUGAUGACGGCUAUGAAAUUACUGAAACCUUAUAUUUUGUUUACACCCCAAUUAGAAACAUAACAUCGACAACUUAUAUUCACUGGACUGGAACAGAAGAAUCUUACCUCUCUACAUUGACAAGAACUACUACCAAUGAAAAUGGUGAAGAGUUUACUGAAACAUUAUAUUUUGUUUACACAACAACAGAAAAAGGAGACAGUACUUCACAAUAUGCAUCUGACAGUUCAAUUGAUUCACAAAACAAUUCCUCCGAGGUCUCCCUAACCACCUCCACGUACACCUCGACCGACUCCGAAGGCAGCGUCACCACCGGAACCACCACCUACCCUGUGACAUCCGAGGUCUCCCUAACCACCUCCACGUACACCUCGACCGACUCCGAAGGCAGCGUCACCACCGGCACCACCACCUACCUGUGA